ACGAUGAGGUCAAGACGGCGGCAGUGUUUGCAGAAGAGAAGAAAAUGGUAUCAGUUCCUGUAAAAGUUUCCACAGCCAGAAGUGAUUAACAGACCCAAAUCUCCUUCCUUAGAACAUGAUUCGGAAGAAGAUCAACUGGUCAAACUCAGCCUCUCGGAGAAGGUUAAGCUGUUUUCGAAUCCUAAGAAAAGCUAAGUGAUGGAGACAAAUCAGCCCGAGUGGGUAUGUCUGCUCCGCGUAGAAGACAGCGUGCGCACACGUCCCGUUUCAACACCCAGCCGGUGACACCAGAAGAGCUGGAGAAGGCCUCAAGGAUCUCACCUCUUGCUAUGUCACUGGUGAAGCCGCCUGACACAGAGCUGUUGAUUGGUUUACGCAUCAAGGAUCAGCAGGAGCUGAUGAUGAUUCACGCCGAGGCCACCCUGUCCCAGUGCAGCUCGCACUCGGGCUCACGAGCUUCUUCCCAACCGGGAUCGCGUCGCGAUUCAUUUACCACUGCCGACGUCCUGCCAAUAAGCUCCGAGAAUACUUCGCUUGAAUCGCGGCAGACUCUUAGCAUUACACUUCCAUUAUUAGAGCAGGACACGAGGACUGUAAAAGCAGCAACAGAAAUAGCAUUUUCACCGCAGACACCUGCUAUAGAGCUCACCCGUGGAGAUUCAGAGCCCCGUGGUAUCCUGAAGAAAAUGAAGUCCACAGAAAGUGUGUCAGAUGGCAAUACUUUUAGGAUAUUGCAUAAUGAAAUUAUUACUGAAACAACACAAACAGUGCAGUGCCAAGGAGAGCGAGCCAUUGAGAGUCAAGAUAGUACAGAGCCUCCAAAUGCAGAAUGUGUACACCUAGAAAGUCAUGGAGACUCGAGCGCAACGCAGGAUAAAGACAAGUUAGUUUCGAAAAUACCAUUUUCCAUGUGGGACGAGGGAACUGGCGGCCAGAGCUCAACGGACAUUCCAGAGUCGGGGAAAAAUACCGAGAGCAAGCGGCGAUCCCGUCUUGCGGAUCGUAAAACACACACUGAAAGAUACCUCACUCAGCCUGCUUUAGAAUUGACACAUGAUCAAUCCUCACAGUCCAAGCGCAAAUUUAAAUAUGAGGGUCGUCACCUGACUCAACCAAUCACUCCUGAUGAGAUGAAGGAGGCUGAGUCAUCUGCUACCACGUAUGGAAUCACUAAUGUAUCAGGUGGAUCCAUUGCAGACAGGCUGAACCAGCUAAAAGUCAGUGGUGAAGAGAACUGGAAAAAACGAGCUUCCAGAGAAAAAAUUGCAGAAAUGGGGAUGCCUACUUUCAAUCAGAAAAACGAAAAACAGGAUUUACCAAUAGUCCAACCAGCCACAAUAGCUUCUCGUCUUUCACAGCUAGAAGCAUCUUCAGAAACCUGGCGUGAACGUAUAGAAGAGACUGAUGCUAAGCAGUUUGCUGUGGCCAGCAAGAUUUCAAAAGUUGCUAGUGCUGUGGAGAGUCCACUUGUAGCCAAGCUACGAGCGUCAAAACAAGACUUGAUGAAGUUAGAUUACAGUUCAAACUGCAGCUCUCCAGUUUCCUCCCCUAGUACUCCAGUCAAAGAAUUCCUUUGCAAGAUACCACUGCCAAAAGAUAUAAUUGCUGGUCCAUCAGUUAUCAAGAAAUUGGAAGAGUGUGGUAAUAGUAGAGAAGGUUCGAUUUUGAAAGUGGGAACGAGAAUACAGAAGGCCAUACACAUUGAAGUUCCAGUAGUGAAUGAUGAAGAGAUCAAUCAGUUCUUUGCAACAAAAGAAAUAACAGACAUUGCAGAUAAAGUGGACCUCAACAUAGAUGAUUUUAACAAUAUCUUUGUUGAGUCUAGUGACAUUCUGCAGACUGUGCGCAAAAUUCGACCAUUAAGGAAGAAAAAGGCAAGCGGACACAAUCCAUUAAAAACAGUGACACAGUUUGUUGAAGUUCAGACAGCAUAUGUCCAAGUUACCAGUGGUGUGGUUAAGAAAGAACUGCGGAGGUUGAAAAUAGAGGGCUUGGCUCAUGAAGCAGCACGAGCGGGACUGGCAAGCAUCGAAAACUUCAGCAAAGUGGAACUGCGUAAAACUGAACCCUCUAUCUUUCCAGCAGCAUUAGGUGCUCGUCACAAUCCAUUUUGUGAUCUCAUGCUUCUUCAUGUGAAAGGUCGGAGAAAUGUUCAAACAAGACUCGUGGCACCUUUAGCGAAAUCUAUAAAUGCAGGAGAUUGCUACAUUCUCAUCACUCCAAAGAAUGUCAUUAAUUGGAUAGGGCAAUAUAGCAAUAUCAUUGAAAAAGCAAAGGCUGCAGAAAUCGCUAUUAUCAUUCAGCAAAAGAAAGACCUUUGCUUCAGGGAAACAACCCCUGUUGCAUCUAUAGAACAAGCAAAGGAUCACUUGGGUGCUGGGAAGAUCUUUUGGGCAUCUCUUGGAGGAGUGAAAGAGGUUCAGGCUUGCGGACCAGAUGAAGAAGAUGAGCUUUAUGAGAGUUCCAUCAUCAAAACUAAUAUGGUCUACCGUCUUGUUGACAAUACACUUCAGCCGUAUCACCAGUACUGGGGAUCAAUUCCACGUUAUGAGAUGUUGCAAGAGAAAGAGGUGAUCAUAUUUGACUUCGGCUCGGAGUUCUAUGUAUGGCAAGGCAAAGCAGUGAACAUGGAGCACCGGAAACAAGGCAUGGCACUGGCCAAGAAAUUGUGGGAAAAAGGAUAUGACUACUCAGAAUGUGUUAUCAGUCCUAUGUGCCCUCUUCACAUGGAAGAGCAGGGUGGCAUUCCUAGUAAAUCAUUGAAUCGACCUGACUGGACCAUUUUUGGUAAGAUUAAUCAGAACAUGGAAACAAUCCUUUUCCGUGAGAAAUUUGGAGAUUGGCCUGAUAGUGCAAGACUGAUAGGAGUCAAGACAACCAAGACAUUGGAAUUGAAGACUGAGUUUGCAGACAUCAGACCUUAUGAUGCUUUAAAGAUGAUACCUAUCCCUGACACACCUGUGACUAUGCUGCUAGAUGGAGCACAUGUAGGACGUGGCAAAAAAUGGCAAGAGACAUGCAAGGUUUUACAAGAACAGGACAUCAUAACACUUGGGAUUCGAGUUUGGCAUGUACAGGAAUAUGAUCAUUGCUGUUUGCCAGAAACAAGUUAUGGACAGUUCCAUUGUGGCGACACUUAUGUUGUUCGGUGGCAAUAUAUGAUCACAAAUGCAGGUUUACGAAGUCUGAAGGGUCAUGGAGCUCGUCAUUCUCUAACAGGACGUGAGAGGUGUGCCUAUUUCUUUUGGCAGGGACAGGACUCAUCAAUCAAUGAGAAAGGUGCAUCAGCGCUAAUGACUGUGGAACUGGAUGAGGAGAGAGGCCCACAGGUACGAGUCGUGCAAGGGAAAGAGCCACCAUGUUUUCUCAAUUUGUUUGAAGGACGGAUGAUUGUUCACAUUGGGAAACGUGAGGAUCCUGCCACCAAUACACAAGGACAAUGGCGAAUGUACCACAUCCGCAAUGAUGACCCAGGGGAAAUUUGCCUUCUGGAAAUUCACAUUUCAAUUGUCAAUUUACGUAGUCGCACAUCAUUGAUACUGCUCAAUGUCUUGACAGGCGUUGUGUAUAUCUGGCAUGGGUGCAAGACUCCAAAGCAUAUCCGUGCUUUGGCACUUCUGGCUGUUCAAAAUAUUAAGGAAAAACGACCACUGGAGCUUUUCCUUCACUCUGAUGCCCCUGUGACUGUGAGAGAGGUGGAAGAGGGAGAAGAAAAUUCUGAGAUAUGGUCAGCCCUAGGAGAGAGAGAUAGAGGGUUAUACCAUAGCAUGAUGUGUAUACCAGAUGUAGAAAUCUGUGAUGCCACUCCACGUCUUUUCUACAUGAGCAGUGUCUCCAUGAUGUUUGAAGUCACAGAGCAGUUAAAUCCAGCACGUUUACCAAGCACAACAACUCCUUUCCCAUUUUUGCAAUCUGACCUUUACAGAGCUCCACAACCAGCCUUAUUCCUGCUGGAUGUAGGGCAUACAGUCUACCUUUGGCAGGGUUGGUGGCCUGUGGGUAGUGAAGAAGUAAAAAAUAUACAUACUGGUUCUGCCCAGGCUAGAUACAACCAUGAUCGCAAAUGUGCCAUGGAAACAACACUUCAUUACUAUAGAGAACAAAAGCAAAAAGGUGUUUGUCAUUCUGCUUAUUUGAUAUAUGCUGGGGCAGAACCUCUGGUAUUCCAGAAUCUAUUCCCUUAUUGGGAAGCCGAUAGCACUGUCCAGGAACUUGCUAGAAAGGAAGGACGAACUGAUGGCCACUGUGAACCUGUGGAAGACUUUUAUGCCAGGUUUGCUGAGGCUCAGUAUAGUUUACUACAGUUGCAAGAUCGCCCUCUUCCAGACGGAGUGGAUCCUCUUAGACUUGAAACUUAUCUGUCAGAUGAAGAGUUUGAGGAGGUGUUUGAUAUGAAGAAAGAUGAUUUCUACAAGCUACCUGCUUGGAAGCAGAAUCAACUUAAACAAUCUCUUGGACUUUACUGAGUGCUGGCAAUAAAAAAAAAUGUUGCAAAAACAAACAGGAAAAAAUGUUUUAAUCACUGGGGAUAGCAACAUUUUAUAUUAAUCCUUUUAUCAAGGAUUAUGUAGAAAAGAUUAGACAAAUCAGAACUGUCAUUUAAAAAAAUUAAAGGCAGCACCUCAAAGUAGAGGAGUUUCCAACAAUAUGGAUAUGAUUGAAAGAACAUUGUAAGGAGUACCAUUCACCUGGACAUUAGUUCGCAAGAAAUCUGUAGAAAAACCUGUGACACCAAGAGUGUACUAUUUCUUCAUGAAAAUUUCUAUUCUUUUCACUGGUAGGUGAGACCUGGAUUUUCAUAUCUAAAUCAUAUUAACCACAUCAGCAUAAUGUGCAUUGAAUAAUUAAGUACUGUGUACAUUGUACUUUGUUUAAACAUUGUACUUCUUCAGCAGUUUUAAAAGUUGGAUUCUGGCUGCUCACAGGCUGGAUGAAAAUCUUCUGUUUGUCAUAAACAUACCUUAGAAACCAUUCUGAACAAAUAUGCUGUCUGAUCUCUCUAAAGUCUAAACCCUUUAUUAGUGCAUAUAUUGCCAUAUGAAAGGUCACCUCCACCAUAGUUUGCUGUGUAUUGUGAUAAAAUUAUUAGGUAGCAGAUUUGUUAAUCUGUUCUUUAAGUAAUAAUAAUAUUAUCUCUUAAAGCAUAUAUUAUAUGCAAAUAAUUGUGUGAACUGUAACACAACAUACCCCUUGCAGGCAUGCUAUAAUGCAUGCAUAUUAACAUACAUUUUAAACCAUGAUUUUUAAAAAACAAAUUCUAAUGGUGAAUGUGACAACUAAUGCACAUUUGGUUCAGUGUUCAACAGGCAUUUAGCCAAGAACUGAAUUCCUCCCACACACACAAAAAAGAAAUGUUAUUUUGAAAGUAUGGAAUAUUUUUCGUCCAUAUAUACACUUUUAAUUCUAUUUUUACCGUAGUGUGGGAUUACCAUUGAGUUAAAAAGUGUCUCCACAUCUUUUUCUGCUAUUUAAAAUUUGCAGUUUUUCUUACACUUUUUUUCGUUUUAUGACGGUAAAAGUGAGUGAGAAUGAGGGAGAAAAGAGGACGGAUGAGACAUACCAAAAGUAGUAAACCACCUGUAUUGUUCAUUAUUAAUGAAUCCAGUCUUCUGAGUCGGAGUAAAUGGUGUAAAGGAGCCCUACAACGAAGGGACUUACAGCCAUAAUCUUGAAGCGGUAUCUAUUGGAAAAGUGCAGUUCUUACAAUGUAUAGAAAAUAUUAUUAUUUCAAGCCUUUUAAAACUCUAGGCAACAUAAUGAUUAAAAAAGAAAACGUACAUAGAUGUGACUUGUUUUAAAAAGGAGUUUUUACCUAAAAGAAGAUUCAUUACUUUUUGAGACAUUGCACAAGAAAAGUGCAAAAAUAGGUGUCUAAGCAUAAAUUCAAGUUGUGGUAGCGCAUUGCAAAAUAGAAAUGGAUUUAAAGUCAAGAUUAUGAAACUUGCAAAAUGCACUGAUCCCAUGAAAACAGUUCAUCUUAAAGAGGCAGCCUGAAAGAGCACGGGGAAAGUGUUACCAACCAGAAGGACCAGCAGAGGUUCAGCAAAGAAUAGUGCAGGGAAUGUGAUAGGGAGUAUAUCAGCUGCUGAAAGAAGUGGGCAGGAUGGCGUGCAGAGGGUGAGGCAGAAAGACAGGUUAUUAAGUGCACAUCGAUAGUUCACUUUGUGAAAGGCAACCAGUAAAGGAAGUGAAGAAGACAGUUGACAUGAUCGCUCAAAGUACCAUUUUGAAUGCACUGAAGAGUGUGAAGUGUGGCAACAUGAUCAAUGCUUCAGUCUUGUUGGGGUUCAGCUUCAGAUUGUUUUCAAUCAUCUAGUUCUAGAUGUGAAAAUGUGACUGAUGGGGUAAAGAAAGUUGUCAAUUUUUGUCACUGGAGAACAGACAUUUAGUUGUAUGUCGUUGGUGUUGGAGGUUAGGUUGUAGCACUUGAUGACCAGUGACAAGGACUGCAUGUAAAGAGCAUAGAGGACCCAGGAAAUAAUUCUGGGGAAUGCCAGAGAACUGGAGGGAACAGGAACCAAUAAUGAUAAUAUCACACAGCAGUGUAGAACCAGCAAAGAGCUGUGUCUUGAACAUUGAAAACAGAAGAGUCAUUUGUGGUCAAGUGUAUAAAAUGCAGCAGACAUGUUUUGACAAGUACUGAAAUAAGACCAUUGUCAAUGGUGCAGAGGAGGUUAGAAGAGAGAUGGAGAACUGUCUUUGUACUGUGAUGGGAUGAUAAGCAGAUUGAUAUACAAGUAAAAGGUAAUGGUGAGUUAAGUGUUCACUAGCUUAGCGAAUAAAGGAAGACAAUAGUUCUUAACCUAACAUGAAAGUGAAGCUUCUUUAGUAUUGGGUGUAUAAUGGCCAUCUUGAGGCAGUUCAGGACAAUGCAUAUUGACAAGCAGGUGUUGAUAAUGCCUUGACUUCCAGAUAUCACUUACAUCAACCAUUUCUUGCUGAUUGCUGCUGUAUACUCACUGGCUAGUAGGAAGUCAGUAUCUCAUGUAUCCUGGACCAGACCAUGAAGUAACAAUGUAACAGUGUGGCUACUUUGUUGUAAGAUAACCUCAAACUAGCAAAAUUCACUGAGAAGUAAUAUAUAAAAUAUAAAGUACUCGGCCCUGUACAUUUCAGAAAGAACAGUGCUUGAGAUAGGAUCUAAAUCAGGAGAUCCAAUGCUUAAUGUUUUGGUGAUGAGGUUGUCAGUUAAAAUAUUGCUGUAUCUGCUUGGUGUCUUUGGCAAAGGCGACUUGCUGAACCUUGUCAGCAGCUGUAUCCAUCCAAUCCCCUCAAAGGGAGUAAAAAGACAAGGGAGUAGACUGGACUGCAAUAAAUCUAAGCAUACUUACCACUUCAUAUAUCUUUUGUUCUUUUGUACAUUUUCAGUUCCUAUUUGUGCCAAUUGCUUUGAAAACAGUACUUAGAACUUGUGAGGAUGAUUUGUUUGUGCAGAUCAGAAGGAAAGAAACAUGGAAAGAUGGUUUGCUACCCAUAAUAGUGAAACUGUCUUUUUUUGAGUAGAGACUAGAUGCAUUUUAAGUAGAAAAUUUAAAGCAGAACUGUGCCUUAAGCAGCUGACAUUAAAAACAAUCUGCAUCAUGUACUAUUUCAUAAUCAUGAUGCAUUUUUGUGCACUUCGUAAAUAUGAAAUGCCUGAUUUAUUUUUCAUGCAAAAUGUUUAUAUUUGUUUAUAGUUUGUUUUCAUAAUUUUAUUUAAUGAUACAAUAUGUUCACUGAUUUUUAUGUUUGAAGAAUUACUAUUUAUUUGUCUUUGUAUAUGUUUUAUGAGAGCUUUUACAUAUUUUCUUUUAGCCAACAGAGUUAAGGGUUCAUUAAACACUCAUGAGACCUAUAAGGAUCAUAUUGAUAUUGUCCAUGACAGUUCUUUGUUUUCUGCUUUUACAACAUGCAUAUUAUCUACUGGUGAAAAUCUAAGCUUUGGAAUAUGAUCUCAUACAUCUUAGUAACCACGCUUCUCUGGUUUUUACUGCUAAAAGGGUCAUUCAAAAAGUUCUAGGCCUCAUGCAGAAAGAAUUAGAGCCAUUGCUGAACACUUCUGUUGUGGUAACACUCUACUUCUUAUAAAACUAGAAAAACUAAUUAAUGCAGAUUUCUAUUUUAAUUUGAGUGCUGAUCAGGCCCAUACAAAAUUGAAGAGUCGUGCAACAAAUCUAAAAAUAGACAAAACAGAGACCCAAGCAGUCAUAAAGUAUCUGCAGAAGAAAGGUAUGACAACUAAGGAAAUGAGCAAGAUGGGUCCCAAGAAUGCUGUUGCCAGAGCAGAAGCUACAAAAGGUUGAUAUUUUCAGGACACUUCUGACUCGCUUCCAGGCUGACUGAGAAUUUUUACCGUAGAUUAGUUACUCAAAAUGAAACCUGGGCUCAUCAUUUGGAACAUGAAUCAGAGACUCAAAGCAAAAACUAGAAACACUGUGGUUCUCCACCCCUGAAGAAAUUCAAGCAGGCAGCAUCAGUUGGCAAGGUGAUGGCUUCUUUUUUUGAAUUCUGAAGGCAUGAUCAUGAUAGACUAGCUGGAAAAGGUAAAAACUAUUCAUGGACAGUACUAUGCAUCAUAACACAACUGAAGGAAGCAGUCAAGUUGACACGCAGAGGGAAGCUGAGGGCAGGUGUGCUCUUGCUCCAGGAUAACAACCCUAUUUACUCUGCUCAGGCUGCAGUAGCUGAAACAGCUAACUGUGGCUUUGAAUUGCUACCUCAUCCCUCUUACUCACCAAACUUAGCUCCAUCUGACUUUCACCUUUUUCCUAAACUCAAAUCCCACCUAUUCGGUUGCUCUUUUGAACUAUCCUCAAAUAUAGCAGAAAGGAAAAUAAGCUGAGAUAGCUUUCCAUUCUGCUCAAAAUAAGUAGAGAAUACUCUGACAAAUUCUGAUUAAUGAGAAAAUUUUAAAAGUGAACUGAAGUACAGAACUAAAAGCGAUACAUUAAAAGAAAUUUAAAAAGCAAAUAAAAAAAUAAGACGUAAAAAGCUGUUUAUUUCUUUUCUCAUAGUUUCUAGCUUUUUCCAAGGUAAUUUAAGAAGACUGCUUUUAGCAAUUUUCAUCAGAAAUUUAGGCAUUUAGCCAUGAAUUUAUGUCAGCAGUAACAAAUCUUUCACCCUUGAUUUAAUCUCACCAAAUUUGCAGCCCACAAAAGGAAAAGUGACUUAACUUAUUCUCAAAUGACUGUUCAUUAUAUGAAUGGAAACAUAAAACUGCAUUUACUUUCUUCCAACUAACAUUUUGGAAGCCAUUUUUAUUUUCGAGGUUUUGCUGCCUGUUUACUCCACAAUCAAAGCAAGUUUUAAAAUGAGUAAUUUUCAUAAA